AUGCACGCACACAUGCACACACAUGCACGCAGACCGCCGCCCACUCCUUCUGUCGCCCGCGCCGUGCACGCGCACGCCUCCGCCUCCGCCUCCAUGCAUGCCUUCUGCUCCCCACAUCACGCGCGCGCACGCAGCCCUCCGCCCUUGCUGUCACUCGCACUGCACAUGCGCACGUUGCCGCCGCCGACUCCGGACCGCCCUUGCGUCCACCGCGCACGCAGCCCGCCACACACCCCUACUGUCGCCCACACCGCGUACACACACGCCGCCUCUGCUGCCCAAACCGCACACAGCCCGCCACCUACCGCCUCUGCCUCCGGACCGCGUUCGCGCCCGCAUCGUGCACGCCGCCGACUGCGCCUCCGCCUCUGGACCGCCCGCCUCCCAUCAUCUCUGCUGCCUGCACCGCACGCGUGCACGCCGCCGCUCCUGUAUACCUUAUUUCAUACUUAA